AAAGCGGUGACGACGGACGAACUGAUGCAUCUCCCAUUUCCGCCGUAAUUCUUCCUUUAUAUUUGUAUUCGGGGGUUUAGUUGUUCUUCUGUCUUCGAAUUUUCCGAAUCGCUCUGUUGUCAUCGUCAUCGCUGGAAGAUGAGCGCGGGAGAGCUUCUCAAUAUCGAGCCGCUGGAGCUCAAGUUUCCAUUUGAAUUGAAGACUCAGAUCUCUUGUUCUCUCCAUGUGUCGAAUAAGACCGAUAGCUAUGUUGCAUUCAAGGUAAAAACCACAAACCCCAAGAAGUAUUGCGUUCGUCCCAACACGGGAGUUGUUCUCCCUCAAUCCAAAUGUGACAUCAUAGUAACCAUGCAAGCGCAGAAAGAGGCCCCACCAGACAUGCAAUGCAAGGACAAGUUUCUCUUGCAGAGCGUUAAGGUGCCCGAGGGCUCGACUCCUAAGGAUAUCACUGCAGAGAUGUUCAACAAGGAAGCUGGAAAUGUGGUGGAAGAGUCCAAAUUGCGAGUGGUUUAUGUCCCUCCUACACAACCAAUUUCUCCUGUAAAAGAAGAACCCGAAGAAGGUUCUUCCCCCAGGGCUUCUGUUUCCGAGAAUGGAAGUGUAACAGCUUCUGAGCUUUCUAGUGCUGCAAAGACGACUGAGCGGCUUGCACCUGAGGACAAAUCUUUUGAGGCAAAGGCUCUCAUUUCUAGGCUGACAGAGGAAAAGAACAACGCUAUUCUGCAAAGCAACAGGCUUCGCCAAGAACUAGAAUUACUUAGGCGUGAGAGCAGCAGAAACCGUGGAGGUCUGUCUUUGAUGAAAGUCAUCUUGGUGGGCUUGGUCGGGAUUGUGCUUGGGUACAUUUUGAAGAAAUCUUAAGCAGUUUUCCAGGGUACAACAUUUGAAGGCGCUCUCCGUGUGUCUAAUCAGGUGCCAUAUGCCUAGUGAUGCUGAAAGAAUCAGGAAAAAAAAAAGAGGGAAAGGGAAUAAUAAUAUGGUGGAAUCUGAGACAAGGGCUUAUGUUAAUUUCCUAAACUCUGGGAAUUUGAACAAUGGAUUUAACAGUGCAUUCUUUAUGUAACGCGUAGUGGGUUGACUCUGUCUUCGUGUCAGAUCGGAGAGACCAGACUUGUGGUAAUUCCAAAGAACUGUCAAAAUAAUUUAGAGAUUGAAUGUUGGUUGAUGCUUUGCAUAUUAUUAUGCCCUA